GGCAAAGAGAACAAAAAUAAAAAAAAAAAAAAUAACAAAUUGUCUUACAACUUGUAAUUGUUGAAAGUGCAACCCGAACUCGGUUGUUUUAGUACAAAGAGUGCACAGGACAGUUCGGGUAUAUGGGCAAUAUGGCAAUAUGCAUAAUAUAAAAAAAAUUGCCAAUAAGAAGAAAAACAACAAUAACAGCCGCAGCAGUAGCAGCAGCAGCAGAAACGUGUGUUGUAAUUGUAGGCCAUCACAGCAGCAGCAGCCAACAACUUGGAGAGAGACAACAGUGUGUUGUACGCAAAUUAGAAACGGAAUCGUGCGACGACAUUGAAGUUCCUCCCCUCCAUGAACACUCCCCCACCAUCACCAUCACCACCAACAACAACAAUACCAACAAAACGAACCGUAGAACUUAGAAUGCAGAUGUAGUUGGAGCAAAUAGAGGAGGACAAACAACAGCAGUAGAAGUACGGAUGCAGAUCAGGCUUAAAAGCACAAUCAAGACGACGACGACGACAAUAAAAUUGCAAAUAGAAAAAAAAUAAAAGAAGAAAAAUAUACAGACAAACGAAAUUGGAAUCAGGGAAUCACGCGCCGUCCCCAAUACGGAAAGCACGACAGCACUAACAGCAGCAACAGCAACAACAACAAAAAAAUUGUAAAGGAGAAGGAUAAGGAGAUUGUAACACCGGCGCAGGAUUAUUAGGAAGUAGUCAAACAUGGUUAGCACCAAUCUGGUUGUGCCCGUGGUGCUUUGGGGACCAACAGCGCCGACACACUGCAUCUCAAGCGUAUUCCUUUCAGAUGAUCAAUGUACUCUAGUCACUGGCUGCUAUGACGGCCAAAUAUGCUUAUGGCAGGUGGAGCCCACCACUCUAAAGAUGUCGCCACGUUGCCUACUGGUAGGCCAUUCCGCUCCAGUGUUAUGCCUGGUGCGCGCCUCGCUGUUGCCAGAGAAUAACUUUCUGGUCAGCUCAUCAGAGAAUGGUGAAAUGUGCACCUGGGAUCUUGUCGAUGGCAAGUGCACAGAGGCGGUGAAACUACCUCAGGUGCAUACACAAAUCCAAAGCUAUCACACCGCCAACAGCGAGGAUGUGCGUCUCUUUUGCAUUGGAUACUAUGCCGAAAUCAUGGUUAUGGAUCCAUUUAGUCUCGAAGUCAUUUAUGUGCUGAGCUCAAAGGUGAAGCCAGAUUGGAUAUCGGCCAUUCACGUGUUGCGUCCCAUGCGUCGGAAGGAUGAUGUUGUGCUGGCCAUAACCACGACGGGCACGGUGAAGGUGUGGACAUUGACGGGCAACGAGAACAAGCAUGCCGAGCCGAUAUAUGAGAACGAGUCAAAGGAAAUUCGAUGCUUGAAUGCCAUCACCAUGAACUGUUGUGCCCAGAAUCAGAGAACAGUUCUUUUGGUCUGCACCAAAUACUGGCAGAUCUACGAUGCUGGUGACUUUACGGUGCUCUGCUCUGUAAUAGCUCCGGCCCGUGAACGUUGGCAGGGUGGCGAUUUCCUCACCUCGGAUCGUGUUAUGCUGUGGACUGACGAGGGCAAGGGCUAUCUAUAUAAGCUGCCAGCCAACUGCAUACCAGACAACAAAGAGUUCCACUCGAAGAGCGUUGUCCGAGAUGCUCCAUAUCUGUACUAUGUGCUUCAGCAUGCCGGCGACAAAGUUCUCUCCUGUCCGCCAGCCAUGAAACUAAUAUUGGCCAGCAGCAAUGGGGCCAAUGGAGGAAAUGGAGCAGCCAGCAGCGGCGGUCAAUAUAAUCUGUUGCGCGGCGAUUCCGAGGGCUAUAUAUCAGUAUGGAAUGUGCCGGAGGUGCCACUCGAUAAUAUUAGCAUAUUGCAGGCUAAACAGAUGCCGCCGCGUAUCCUCAAGCCGCACGUAUGCACCUCCUUGGUAGAAGCCUGGUCUAUAAUGGAUCCGCCGCCGGUGGGAAUUCUCGAUCAGUUGUCGCGCAUCACCGACUCCCCGGUGAAGUUAACCUCGAGCAUUUAUCUGCCUCAACAAAGUCGCCUUGUGAUUGGUCGCGAGGAUGGAAGUAUUGUUAUUGUGCCAGCCACCCAGACGGUGAUGAUGCAGCUGCUCGUUGGCAUUAAACAGAAUUUUAGCGAUUGGCUGUCGCAUCAGAUUCUCUAUGGUCACCGCGGACGUGUGAAUUGUUUGCUUUGUCCCUCAAUGGUUCAUUCACGUUAUGAGAAGUCUCAUUUACUCUCCGGUGGCAUCGAUUUCGCUGUAUGCCUGUGGGAUCUCUAUAGUGGAAGUCUUUUGCAUCGUUUCUGCGUUCAUGCCGGCGAGAUUACCCAGCUCCUAGUGCCGCCGGAGAGCUGUAGCCCGCGUAUUCUCAAGUGCAUCUGUUCGGUGGCCUCGGAUCAUUCGGUCACCCUCGUUUCGCUGCAGGAGCGCAAAUGCGUUACACUGGCAAGCCGUCAUCUCUUUCCCGUGGUGACGAUCAAGUGGCGACCAUUGGACGACUUUCUAAUUGUUGGCUGUUCGGAUGGCUCUGUGUAUGUGUGGCAAAUGGAAACGGGUCAUCUGGAUCGUGUGCUUCAUGGAAUGCUCGCUGAGGAAGUGCUCUCCGCUUGCGAUGAACAGGCUGGCGACGAUGGCAGCGGCGGAGGAAUAACAUCACACGGUGGCGGCGGCAACGUGACAUCGGCAAGCGAAAUGGGCAUGGCCAAUCCUGCUGUGCACUUCUUCCGUGGUCUUAAGUCACGAAACAUGAACGCCAUCCGGCAUGCCACACAGCGUGGCAUCCAUCAGUUGCAGCAGUUGCAGGGCCAUAAUCAGGGUAACUUUGAUUUCCUCAUGAAGCAUCGCAGCAAUCCUCUGGUCAUUCAGGGUCUGCGCACCAAUCCCAAGGAUGCCGAAUCGCAUAUUCUUUUCUUUGACAUCGAGGGACUGAUAUUCGAGUUGCAUAGCGAGGAGUAUGCCCAGAUGACGCCGGCCACGCUGGAAGCUCUCGGUGUACAUCUGCAAAAUCCCAAAGAUGGACGAACCAUGCCAUUGGACGCCAGCAAGAAGAUUAGCGACUUUUUCGGCAAGGUCAAGAAUAAGGCGGUGGAUGUGGAAAAGAUACUUAAAGACAAGGACAAGCACGGUUUGGUCCAGAAGUUCAAGGAGAAGACGGAAAUUGUCGAGAAGAAGGUGCAGGCCAAGGUGGAGAGUCUACAGAAGGCAGUGGAAACGCAUGAGGAGCAACAAGACCUUAAGAGCAAGAUUGCCUCCAAAAUGGAAGUGACUCAUGUUAUGGAAGUGGCUCAGUUGUUGCUCUCGCUAUUGCACUCCUGGGGACUGGAUCCGCAUCUGGACAAGGUGUGUGAAUCGCAGCUGGGUCUCCUGCGUCCAAUUGUGCCCAUCUCGUAUGGCGUUCUCUCCAAAGCCGGUUACAUGUCCCUGCUGCUGCCCACCUGGCAAAAUAACUACGUAUUGCCAUCGAGCCAGCAACUGCAGUUGCUGCAGUCGGCCAGUUCCAAGAAGCGGCCCCUACCCGAGGAAUUGCAGCGCCUUGAAAAUCUGACGGCUGUCUUCACGUCACGUUUGCAUUGGGAGCUAAGCACUACCCUCACCUCGAACCACAUUCUGGCCCUGGUGGCCAUGUCCAACACCCUAAUGUCCAUGAGCGCCGCCUCAUUUCUGCCGGACUCUGAGAAGCAUAAAAAGCUGCAGCGCCUGGCCCAGCGGACCGAGUCCAUGAUGAGCAGCGAGGAGGAACGGGAGGAGCUGUUGGCCCAUCACACAUCGCAAAUCAAGCAGGGCUGGAGUUUAUUGUCCACCCAUCAUUGCUUCCUGCUGCCCGAUAAGAUCGAGGCAUUGGAGCCAAAGAAAUUCAAGCGGCCACAGGUGGAGAUGAUGGUCAAACGCUGGCAGCAUCAUUGUAUAGAAAUUCGUGAGGCGGCCCAGCAGAUUCUCUUGGGCGAGUUGACGCGCAUGGGCAAGAAGGGUCGCAAGCAGCUUGUCGAGAGCUGGGCCCAGUAUCUGCCACUCUAUACGCAUACGGAGCCCAUUGUGGGCACUCAGCAGCAGUUGAGCAUGAUUGGCGGCGGAGGCGGUCAAUCAGGCGGCGGCGGUGGAGGCGGAGGAAAUGCCGGAAGUGGAGGCAAUAGUGGCAUGGCCACAGGCAACUCACUUUCCUCUAGCAAUGGUAGCUCCGGUUCUGGCAGUGGCGGCCUAUCCUCGGGUGGUGCUGGGGGCAUCUCCGGCGGAAAUGUCCAUCAGGAUGAGGACUACGAAGAGGAAGAGGAAGAGGAAAUUAUACGUAAACCAUCCAGUUUAUCGGAACUGAAACGCAAGCAGACCACAGCCGUUAUCCUGCUAGGUGUUAUCGGAGCCGAAUUCGGGCAGGAUAUUUCGCAGGAGUCGCCUAACCAUCGCGGCAGUAUUAGCUUGGGCGCAUCCGGCACAGAGAGACGCAAGUCAUCCGUUGUGGAGGGCUUUGGCAUUGCAAACAAUUUGGCCAGACUAACGUCCAUGGCUCUAGCCCAUUUGCUUUAUGCCCCACCGUCGCCCAAGUUACCUCAGUAUACCCCUCUGCGGAGGGCAGCCAUCGAUUUGCUUGGCAGAGGAUUCACCGUUUGGGAGCCAUAUUUGGAUGUAUCCAAGGUGUUGCUUGGCCUCCUGGAGAUCUCGUGCGAGGGCAAGUCGGUGCCGAAUCUAAACUAUAAACUGCCGCUGACACCCCAAGCGGAUGCCUGCCGCACGGCCCGCCAUGCUCUACGUUUAAUUGCCACCGCUCGGCCGGCUGCUUUCAUCACCACAAUGGCCCGCGAGGUGGCCAGGUACAAUACCAUGCAGCAGAAUGCCCAGUCCAUCAACACUCCGCUCACCCAAUCGGUGUUGUUCAAGGCCAAGAGUGAGAUUCUCCAGUGCGUGGAAAUGCUGAUCGAUAAAAUGCAAUCGGAGAUUGCCAGUCUCCUGGUCGAGGUGAUGGACAUUGCGCUCCACUGCGUCGAUAGCAAUGAUUUGAAAAAUCGUGGUCUGGCCGAGCUUUGCCCCUCCAUAUGCAAGUUCAAUCAGAUCUCACAUUGCGCCCAGACCCGGCGCAUUGCCGUUGGCGCCAAUAGCGGCAAUUUGGCCAUCUACGAGCUGCGGCAGAACAAAUGCCAGAUGAUACCCGCCCACACGCAUCCGAUUACAUCUUUGGCCUUCUCACCGGAUGGUAAAUACCUUGUCUCCUAUUCGUGUACCGAGAAUCGUUUGUCCUUCUGGCAGACCAGCACAGGCAUGUUCGGAUUGGGCCAAUCGCAGACACGUUGCACCAAAGGUUAUUCCACGGCACCAAUCCCAGAUGUAUCGCGGCUAAAUCCGAUGCGUUUGGCCAAACUCGUCUGGAUCAAUAAUCGCACGGUGACACUUAUGCUAGCCGAUGGUUCGGAGACGCGUUUCAAUGUUUAAAUCCAACAUAUAUAUAUAUAUAUAUAUACAUAUAUAAAUAGGAUCCAUCCUCCGUGGACACGUGGCAAAUGGGCAAUCAAUGCAAGCUUUAAAAGCUAGCUAUCGGCGCAGCGAUGAAACAAACAAUAAUAAGAGACAGGGAAAGAGAAAUAGAGAAAGAAAGAAGCGAGAGUUAGAGACAAAU